GGCCGCAGCGCCCGUGGCCCCUACGCGAACUGAGGACGAGGCCGGGAGGGGACAGCGCGGCGCGUCCCCCUCCAGCGGCCACGCCCGGAGUAAGGCAGAAAAGAAUGAAAGAAGUAGAUAAUCUUGAAAGUAUAAAAGAAGAAUGGGUUUGUGAAACAGGAUCUGACAACCAGCCUCUUGGUGACCAUCAGCAAACAACCUGUGACUAUUUUGUUGACAGCCUUUUUGAGGAAGCCCAGAAGGCUGGUGCCAAAUGCUUGUCUCCCAGUGAACAGAAGAAACAGGUAGAUGUAAGUAUAAAAUUAUGGAAGAAUGGAUUCACAGUCAAUGAUGACUUCAGAAGUUAUUCAGAUGGUGCAAGUCAGCAGUUUCUGAACGCCAUCAAAAAAGGGGAAUUGCCUUUAGAAUUGCAGGGAACCUUUGAUAAAGAGGAGGUGGAUGUUAAAGUUGAAGAUAAGAAACAUGAAGUAUGUAUGGCAACGAAGCCUGUGUUCCAGCCCUUCUCAGGACAGGGUCACAGACUGGGAAGUGCCACACCAAAAAUUAUUUCUAAAGCAAAAAGCAUUGAAGUUGAGAAGAAAAAUAAUUUGUCUACUGUUCCACUAAACAGCCUGGAACCCAUCACUAAUAUACAGAUCUGGUUAGCUAGUGGGAAAAGGAUUGUGCAGAAAUUUAACAUGUCUCAUAGGAUAAGCCACAUCAAAGCCUUCAUUGAAAAAUACCAAGGACCUCAAAGAAGCCCCCCGUUUUCCCUGGCCACAGCUCUCCCUUGCCUCCGACUGCUGGACGAAAGGCUCACGCUGGAAGAAGCGGAUUUGCAGAAUGCUGUGAUCAUCCAGAGACUCCAAAACCCCACGGAACCUUUCCGAGAACUCUCAUAACAUUGAUUUCUGACACACUAAGUGGAACGUUUGCAGAGAAAUGAUGGUUAUAAGUGGACAUGCAAACCACAAUGGGGGAAAGUCGGGCUCGCUGGACUUUGGUUCAAGUCCCAUUGACCUCCUCCGGAGGAGGAGAUUUAAGUAAGUACGACAUAGGAGAGUAAACGGCGACUGGAAGCUGUAUUCAGUGCGCUGCCUCCCAAAGGCUACUCAGAAAAAUAUGCUUGUUUUCAAUGCCAAUCAUUCAACAUGAGAUAUCUUAAAUGACUAUCAUUUAGUAUCGUAAUGUGGUAUAAAUUAGCAAAUAUGUUCACAGCAUCGUUCAUUUAAACAUCAUUCCCAAACAGCAGUGAUUUACUUAAAUGUUAGCUGUCUCAGAAUUUUUAAAUAGCAGUACAUUGAAAAUUAUACAUGCAGGUUCAAAGCAUCAAUGUCAUUAUUUUAUGCCUGAGAUACAAUCACAAGGCUGGAAGGAACUGCAUUCUCCACAGCUAUGCCUACACCUCGAGGUGUUCUUACUUUGCAUUCUCUAAUGGCGAGACAUACUCAACUGUUAAUUUGGAAAUAGUAUCUAAGAUGUUUUUUCAUGUAAGAAUAAAAUUCUGUAGCUUAGUACAGUGUUACUAUUAAUCUGCCUAAUCAUGUCUCUACAUUUUCAAGAAGUGUAAUUUUUUAAAAAGUUUGUUUCUCUCCAGGAACUACAGUUCAUUCCCUAUUUUCUUUUCUUUCAAAAAUUAGGGAUUCAUUCCUAGCUAACAUUUGGAGUAAGCCAUUCAUUUGAAACUAUUUACUUAGCCCUAGCUGGUUUGGCUCAGCGGUUAGAGCUUCAGCCCCUGGACCAAAGAGUUGUGGGUUUGAUUGUGGUUCAAUCCCCAGCCCCCUUUCACAUUA